CUAUCUCAAACAAAAAACUCAGCGGCUCGGUCUUCCUGCACUUCCAUCCCGGCGCUAAAUUGCAAAAAGGGGAGAUCUCCCCCUCCGCCUCCUUCUGCAACCGACACCGCCAGCACCAACCUCACUAGCCCCGCUACUGCCGCCGCCGCCGCCACCAUCAUUUCCCUCCUCCUCUCCUUCUCCUCCUCCUCCCCCCUUUCUCCUCUGCUUUUGGCAGCGCCAGGACGUCCGGCGUGGUGGUGGUGGUGGUGGUGGUAGGGGUAGCGGUGCUGCUCUCGCUGCGGGGGUUGCGAGCGAGUAGCGAGCGAGCGGGGUCGCCUUUGAAUCCUCCCGUUUUUUCAAGGUGCCUCGCAGAGCGCGAGCGGGAGCGAGCGGAGAGACUGCCGAGAGACGGGAAGGCAGCGAGGAGUCACGAUGAGCGCACGAGGUGACGGAGCCGGGCAGCCUUCGACUUCCGCGGCUGCCAAGGAACAACCUGCCACCGCCGAACCGCCGAAGAGGGGACGAGGGAGACCCAGGAAGCAGCCACAAGAACCUGCAGGGGAGCCAUCUCCCAAAAGACCAAGAGGAAGACCUAAAGGAAGCAAAAACAAGAGUCCCUCUAAAGCAGCUCAGAAGAAAGCAGAAACCACUGGAGAAAAACGACCAAGAGGCCGGCCCAGGAAAUGGCCACAGCAAGUGGUCCAGAAGAAGCCAGCUAAGGAGCAGCCUGAAGAGACAUCCUCACAAGAAUCAGCAGAAGAUGAUUAGAAAACCACACCUUUCUAUUUCUACCUCAUCAGCAGUUGGAUCUUUUGAAGGGAGAAGACACUGCCAUGACCACUUGCUUCUGUUUCCACAGUCUUUGGCCUGGGUGGGAGGAGGGAAGGAUUCACAUAACCUUAAAAAGGACUUAUUAAUAAUUGUUAUUGUAAUCCCUUCAUUGUCCCAGGUUUUGUGAAACUGCUGUAACACAGGGGGACACAGAUUAACGAUGCAACAUAUAAUUACUGUUUUCUCUUAUUUUUCUUUAACCUACUAAUAGUUUGAGCUGCUAAGUAAGGGUGAAUGGGUCAGUAAAUCUCGGAAGCAGGUUUCAAGUCGUUCACUGCACUGCAUAUGUAUGACUAUUGUAAAAUAUUAAUUCUAAUGGGCAUUUAAAUAGGAAGGAUUGGUGUUUGACACUAGUUCUUACAACAUCUCUGACAACCCACUCCCUAGCUUAGUGAACUCCCUCUUUAGAACACCAAAGAUAAGGAUUUAGAUGCUAGGAUUGUGUGUGCUUCAGAAUGAUUCAGAAGGCCUUCACAUCUCAAGCAAGCACAACACCUCUCUGCUGUCCAUUAAAGCAGCGUGAAAGAAAAGUGCAGCUGCUUUAAUGACUACCAGACUAGUGUUGUGCUUGUCUCACAUUAAUUUCAGUGAGUCAGCUCCUUAAAGCAGCUGCAUAAUUUCUUAGGCUGGAGUAGAAGUCUAAAAAAAUACAGGUAGCUUUAGUGAACAGCAAAGAAUUGUAUUCUUGGAAAGUCUGAAGCGCUUCUUUGAAAUAAUUUUUGAAGCAUGCACAGUCCUGUUAGAUAUUAUUUUGAUAGCCUUGGACUAGAUUUGUGCUUGUUUGUUUGUUUCUCAUGUUACUGUUUUUUCAAGACACAUCAAAGGCUAAUUUCUUUCAAUUAAUUCAGCUGAUAAUCAGGAAGCAAAAGUCACAAGAAAAAAAGGUACUUUGCAACAAAAGGGAAAAAUGACAAAGAUACUUUGUAUAUUAGUGAUACACAUAUAUCUGCUGAAGUAAUACCAAAUGGAACUCAACAGCACCCUCUCUGGAAACAUGUUCAUGCACCCUGAGGUAGAAUAUGCUUUCUAGAGAUUAUCAUGUUGUUUAGAAAUGACUUACAUCAGAUGUCUUUCAAGACUGAUAUUUAGCAACUAAAAUUUGGAUUUUAGUGAAUUUAAAACAAUACCUCAGAAUGAUUUUAAAUCAUAUCAUACUGGAACCAAGGGAAAUAAUUUAGAUACUUAGUUUGAUUUAUUCCUGUGCUGCCAGAGGAAUGGCUUUAUCAUCUUCACUAAUACAUCUCCAUUCAAGAGCCAAUACUAUGUACCUCAAGUGGGCUUAUUACUUUUAAGCAAUAUACAUUGACAUAGGAUGUUUAUCUGGACAGGUUGGUCCAGUUAUAUAUCCCCAUUUUUUAUUUUAUUUUUUUACUGAAAAGCAGCACUUUUAACAACAACUGCAAUACUACCCCACUUUUCAGUACUACCUCUGUUAUUUACAUUGAACUCAACAGUCACAUAAACACUUGCUGCUAUGAUCAUACAAUGCAAGAAGUUAGUAUGGAAUAAGUAAUCAUAAAUUCUGAAUCCCCCCAUCCUUUUUUUUUACUUUGUCACUUCAUUGCAAUUAAGAACACAAUACUUUUAAUGUUUUCCAGCAUUACAAUGUUUUUUUUCUUUUAAAAAUUAUACUAUGCCUUUUCUCUGCUAAAUUUCUAUAUAAUGUACCAUUAACUUGAAUAUAUUUUUGUACCGAAUUGCUCAUAAGGUUUGUAAUGAUAAUUUUCUUCAUUGACACUACAUGACAUAAAAAUAAUUAACUGCAGUGUUUAAAUAUUACUGUCCAAGUUUGUACCUCAAUUGAAUUUUUUAAAAGAAAUGGACUAGUUGAUUGACAAGACCUACCUCCAGACUAUUAAUGGAAUGAACUUGCUGUUUCUUUCAACAUUUGUUUUUGAGAAGACUGAAACAUUUAGGACUGCAAAAAAAUAAAACAAAAACAAGCAAGAAAAACCCCUAAUUAAAACUAUUUUUGUAAAAGAGCUUUGUGGGAAAUGAACACAUAUUAAUUUCUUUCAUAUUAAAACCACCCCUCAAAGAAACUUGAAUCUUUGUAGGUUGGAGGCAACAAGCUCAGCUUUUUGCAUAAUGCAAUCACAAAUAAGUGUGUGUUUUUUUAAAAAAAAAAGACUAGUAGAUUAUAUGAGAAUACUUGUCAAGUGUUUUCAUGUUUUUUUUCACUAAUGUGAUUUUUUUUUUGUAAUAUGUGUCAACCAGAUUUAUUUUAAAUGCUUCUUAUGUAGAGAUUAAUACUUUUUGACUUCUUUCCUUUCUCCCUUUCUUAUUUCCUCUCUCUCUCUGUCUCACCCUCAGUGAAUAUACCUGUUGGUAAACAUUGUUUUAUUACUUGGGCCAGGGGUAGAUUCUCAGGAAGACAUUCUUCAGUAUGACUUUAAUGUUAGCCAAAUGCAACUAAGGAGAGCUACUUACUGGCUGCUUCACAAGACUGACUGUUAAGAACAAGCACCUGCUCAAGUAACAUGAGUACGUUGUGUUAGGGAUCAAUAAAAAGAGCUUACAAGAGAAAGCCAUUUUAGGCAUCCUAAUGUUACUUAACUUGUAAAUAAUUAUACAAUAGCUACAUAUGGGCCUUAAUCAUGUCCAUUCAAGCCAUGGCCUGGAAGACAAACCACAAUGGGAGUGCACAGAUUUCUCCUUCCUCCUUCCGGGUACAGCCCCCCCAAAAGUCCCUUAGAAUAAUCAUGAGACAUAAGGGUUAUUAUUGAAAAAAAGAUGUUAGUAACUAUUGAGGACCACUUCAUCAAGACUCCAAAAAUGUCUUGCUUCUUUAGACUAUGAGUUUUAAUAUGCAUAGGUCACACACCCAAACUCCAUGACUCCAGUAUGUACAUAAGCUCCAUCCAGGAGAGGGGAUGUGUCAUUUUCAAUCUUAAGGAGUGGUAUGUAUACAAUAGUAAAUCCCUAUUGUGCACAUAGGAAUAUACCAUGAAUUACUAAAAGAAAUCAAGUAAACUUUGCCUGUAUGGAGCUCUAUGUGAGCAUCAGUAUCCUUAUACUGGAGUUGCUGGAUCAGCUUAACAGUGUGAGAUGAACUAAAUGUUACUGACAAAUGGGGGCAAGCAUCAAACUCCAAAGGGCUUACAUCUUUGAUCAAAUUAAAUCUUACAUUUUCUGUAUAUUGUAGAACAAUCAAAACACAUUACUACCUCUCAGGGUCUUCUAUACCUCAUUUUUCAGACUGAAAAUAAACUUGUGGCCACUGAAACAGAAGGAACAUCAUAAAAUUUUUAUAUAUAUAGUUUAUUUUUAUGGGAGAUAAAUUUUAUAGGACUGUUCUUUGCUGUCAUUGGUCACUCCUAAAUAAGACUGGACAUUAUUUUUUCUGCCAUUUCUGCACAAUUGAUACGCUUGCAAAAACCCUACAGUUUAUUUUUUUCUAUUUUCCUUGACUGUUUUCUAGCUCUUUGCUUUGUUAUUCAUAUAGAGUUGCUGUCUAUGAUUUUGAAUUGCUUGCUUGUUGUUCCUUUGCUGGAUUAUCACAGUUUGUUCAGCACAAUAAACAAUAGUUUAUGUAA